GAGCGCGCCCAGCCCCACCGCUCGGCCCUGGCCGCGCUGCUGCUGCUGCUGCUGGGCCAUGGCGGCGGCCGGCGCUCGGGCGCCCGGGCCGAGGAGGCGGGGGCGGCGGCGGACGACCAGGACCCGCACGCCAAGCACCUGUACACAGCCGACAUGUUCACGCAUGGGAUCCAGAGCGCCGCGCACUUCGUCAUGUUCUUCGCGCCCUGGUGUGGACACUGUCAGCGGCUACAGCCGACUUGGAAUGACCUGGGAGACAAGUAUAACAGCAUGGAAGAUGCCAAGGUCUAUGUGGCUAAAGUGGACUGCACGGCCAACUCAGACGUGUGCUCCGCCCAGGGGGUGCGAGGAUACCCCACCUUAAAGUUUUUCAAGCCUGGCCAAGAAGCUGUGAAGUACCAGGGUCCACGGGACUUCCAGACACUGGAAAACUGGAUGCUGCAGACACUGAAUGAGGAGCCCACGACCCCAGAGCCAGCAGCAGAACCGCCCAGAGCCCCUGAGCCCAAGCAGGGGCUGUAUGAGCUCUCAGCAAGCAACUUUCAGCUGCAUGUUGCACAAGGCGACCACUUUAUCAAGUUCUUCGCUCCAUGGUGUGGUCACUGCAAAGCUCUGGCUCCGACCUGGGAGCAGCUGGCUCUGGGCCUUGAACAUUCCGAAACUGUCAAGAUUGGCAAGGUGGAUUGUACACAGCACUAUGAACUCUGCUCGGGAAACCAGGUCCGCGGCUACCCCACUCUUCUCUGGUUCCGAGAUGGGAAGAAGGUUGACCAGUAUAAAGGAAAGCGGGAUUUGGAGUCACUGAGAGAGUACGUGGAUUCGCAGCUGCAGAGAACAGAGACGGGGGGCCCAGAGACGGUGGCUCCCUCAGAGGCCCCAGUGCCAGCUGCUGAGCCAGAGGCCGACAAGGGUACUGUGUUGGCGCUCACUGAAAAUAACUUCGAUGACACUGUUGCAGAAGGAAUAACCUUUGUCAAAUUUUAUGCUCCGUGGUGUGGCCACUGCAAGAAUCUGGCCCCUACCUGGGAGGAGCUCUCUAGGAAGGAAUUCCCUGGUUUGGCGGCGGUCAAGAUCGCUGAAGUAGACUGCACGGCUGAGCGGAAUAUUUGCAGCAAGUACUCGGUACGAGGCUAUCCCACAUUAUUGCUUUUCCGAGGAGGGAAGAAAGUCAGUGAGCACAGUGGAGGUAGAGACCUUGAAUCGUUACACCGCUUUGUCUUGGGCCAGGCCAAAGAUGAGCUAUAGAAACCCAGGUGGAAGUGGCCUCUCCGGCCUGGCCUCCUGCACCCAGCGUGUAGGGGUUAAAUCACACGGACAUCGCUGAAUUUCAGAUGGUGGUUGUUUAGAAAGCUGAAUGUACUCAACUUGUGGUAUCUUUGUGUGUGUGUUAAGCCAGCACACCCUACGGAUUCCUUACUAAGUUUCUCUAAGUAAAUGUGUAACUCAUGGUCACUAUGUAAACUAAACAUUUUCAGUGGCGAUGCGUCCCCUUGAACCUUCUCUAGAUGAAUUUUAAAUGGUUUCCUUUGAGAUGAAAAUAGAGUUGAGAAAAAUCAAAUUGCUGGACUAUUUUUGGCUCCUGAAUGAUUUGGGGGGAAAGCAUCAUUCAAAAUAACAGGUUUUUUUUUAACUGCCCACAAGUUCUGGAAAGGUGGCUUUGGGACAGUAUUGACAUUCCUCUAAUGUGAAGGUCACAACUGACUUAAUAAUGUGGUUGAUCCGUAGCUUGGAACAGAUUUAAAAUGAAAAGCCCCAUCUGGAAGAUACUUUGACAUCCACUACUGGAUUUUUUGUUUCUGUUAAGUCUUCUCUCAUCGGGAGAGGUUAGCCAUAAUGAAAGCAGCGGUACUUUUGACAUGUGCCUGAGUAAGAUAAUGCUGAUGCCAUAAUUGUAUGUGUGUGUUAAUACUUGUCAAAUCAGUUGUUACCGUUCAAGGGAUACUUUUGUUUGUUUUUCACGGGGUGAAAGAUUUUGUUAGUUCAUCGUGUCAACACGAAGCCUGAGUCCGUGUGAACUUUAAGCUUUCAUGUCUUCCAUGGAAAGUGUAGGCAUGGCAAGUCCCACAAGGCUCCUGCCUACUCCAUUAACUCAUAGAUAGAUUCUGCUUGUAUUUGCCACCUGAGGUGACAGGACCAGACGGGCUUCCCCAGGCCUGGCUAUCCAGACACCAGGGAGACCCUGCAGCCCCGAUCCUAAGUAGUCCUAGAGGCUGUACUUCGUCCGCCUUCAAGGAGGUCGACCUUCUAAUGUACGAAGAGUGGGAUGCAUUUGAUGUCAAGACCAAAGACAGAUGUCAGCAGGACUGCUCUGGCUCUGGUGUGCAUGGCUGUGUCAGCCAUCGAGGCAGCGUCCUCUAACUCCUGCCACCCUCGUGAUUAAACACCUUUACCAUGACCCUUGGGAAUAAGCAAGGGUAGGGCUGUAUCUGUCCCACGGAGUUAUUUCCCGUAAUCAUUCUGUGUCCAGUGCCCUUCACCUGCUUUCCCAUGCCAGGGGGAUGUUGACACCGGGCCCAUAGUAACUAGUGGUAGGAACCUUAGAAACAAGACCACUUAGACCAACUGAGGCAGAAGAUAACAGAGCAGCAUCUCGACCAACCUCUGCCUUAAAGGAAAUCUUUAUUAAUCUCGUGUGAUUCACAGAUGUUCUUUAACACAAAAAACCCCAACUUCUAGAGAAGCACAGUCAUCAUGAGUGUCGCUUCAGCUUUGCAUCUUGAGUCUUGUAUUCAGAGAAACUCAAAGUGGUACAAUUUGUUUACACUAUGAUACUUUCUAAAUAAACUCUUUUUUUAAAA